UGCAUUUAAUGAUGUUCUUUAGGUGAGCUGCCAUAAGAUUUUGGGGCAAGGUAACAGAGCCUAUUCUCUGCACUCUGCAGCCAUGGCUAGCAAAAGUGAUGUUGAGGGAAAGCAGAGUGGUCACUCGGACUCGGAGGAAGCAAACGAAGACUGUCCAAUACGACAAGUGGACCUCACAGUGCCCAAAACGGAUGACCCCAGCUUGCCUCUUCUCACAUUCAGAAUGUGGGUUCUGGGUAUUGCUUCCUGUGUGAUUCUGUCUUUCGUGAACCAAUUCUUUUGGUACAGAACACAGCCUUUGACUGUCACUUCGAUUUCCGCUCAGAUUGCCGUGGUUCCAUUGGGCCAUCUCAUGGCCAGGACGCUGCCUAAACGCAUCUUCUUCAAGGAUACGAGGUUUCAGUUCUCGCUUAAUCCUGGCCCUUUCAACAUUAAGGAACAUGUUCUCAUAACCAUAUUUGCUAAUUCUGGCGCUGGAACCGUCUAUGCUACUCAUAUUUUGACUGCUGUCAAGCUUUACUAUGCAAGGAGCCUCACCUUCUUUCCGUCCCUGCUCGUUAUGUUCACCACUCAGGUUCUGGGGUUUGGAUGGGCAGGGAUCUUUCGAAAGUUUCUGGUUGAACCUGGGGAAAUGUGGUGGCCCUCUAAUCUGGUUCAGGUCUCUUUGUUCAGUGCCCUACAUGAGAAGGAAAGAAGACCUAAAGGUGGCACAACCCGUACUCAAUUUUUCCUGCUUGUCAUGAUCUCUGGCUUCGCUUACUACGUCCUUCCUGGCUAUCUUUUCUCAAUGUUGACAUCAUUCUCUUGGAUGUGUUGGCUUUCCCCCAAGUCUAUCCUGGUUCAGCAAAUCGGUUCUGGCUUGAGAGGUCUUGGGAUUGGUUCAUUUGGCUUGGAUUGGUCCACUAUUGCUUCUUAUCUUGGUAGUCCUCUCGCUAGCCCAUGGUUUGCUACAGCUAAUGUUAUUGUUGGAUUCGUUCUCGUUAUGUAUGUAAUGACUCCCGUAGCUUACUUUCAAAAUGCCUAUAAUGCGAAGAACUUCCCAAUAUUUUCUAGCAAGCUUUUUGCUGGCAACGGUUCUAUAUAUGACAUUUCAAGCAUCGUUAACUCUAAUUUCCAUCUUGAUCGAGUUGCUUAUGAGAAGGCAGGGCCUAUUCAUCUCAGUACCUUCUUUGCAAUGACUUAUGGUCUUGGAUUUGCCACACUUUCUGCCACUCUUGUGCAUGUUUUCCUCUUCAAUGGAAGUGAUAUAUGGAAGCAAAGCAAAAGGGCCUUCACGGGCACAAGGAAAAUGGACAUACACACAAGACUUAUGAAGAAGUACAAAUCGGUGCCCACUUGGUGGUUUCUUAUCAUCCUAGUGCUGAACAUAGCUCUCAUUAUCUAUGCUUGUGAGCACUACAAUGAAUCACUUCAACUACCGUGGUGGGGCGUAUUACUUGCCUGCGGAAUUGCCAUCUUCUUCACUCUCCCCAUUGGUGUUAUUACUGCCACUACAAAUCAGCAACCAGGUUUGAACAUUAUAACAGAGUACAUCAUUGGUUAUAUGUACCCUGAGCGUCCUGUGGCUAACAUGUGCUUCAAGGUUUAUGGGUACAUUAGCAUGGCUCAAGCACUAACUUUUUUGGCUGACUUCAAACUUGGUCAUUAUAUGAAGAUUCCACCGAGAACAAUGUUCAUGGCCCAGGUCGUAGGAACAGUCAUAGCAGUAUUUGUAUACACAUUAACUGCAUGGUGGCUGAUGGCAACCGUACCAGACCUUUGUGUUACCGCCGAUGAAGAUAGCCCUUGGACAUGUCCUAUGGACCGUGUGUUCUUUGAUGCAUCUGUCAUUUGGGGGCUUGUUGGGCCCCGCAGAAUAUUUGGAAACCUGGGUGAAUAUGGCGGCGUGAAUUGGUUCUUCCUGGGUGGAGCUGUAGCUCCCUUUCUUGGGCUUGCUCACAAGGCAUUCCCAGGUCAAACAUGGAUAAGUCAGAUCCACAUGCCUGUCUUGUUGGGUGCCACAUCAAUGAUGCCCCCUGCAACGGCAGUUAAUUUCACCAGUUGGAUAAUUGCAGGAUUUCUGUCUGGGUUUGUUGCUUACAGAUACAGACAAGAUUGGUGGAAACGCUACAAUUAUGUUUUGUCUGGUGGCCUCGAUGCUGGAACAGCCUUCAUGACCAUCUUACUAUUUCUUGCUUUGGGGUCUAAGGAUAUUAGCCUUAACUGGUGGGGAAAUAAUCUCGAAGGUUGUCCCUUGGCUUCUUGCCCUACUGCCAAAGGCAUCGUUGCUCAUGGUUGCCCUCUUCAUUGAUCACCGCAACAUUCAUCAAGCUGCUUGUACUUUGUAUGAUCGGUGCCGUUUAGCUUUGAUUUUAUCAGAAAAGAAGUGUUACAGUAUUAGCUUUUUCCUCUUCUCAAAACCAAAACGGGUAUGCCGUUGCGAUGUAUGGCAUCCGUCCUAUUGCAUGGGCAGCAAAACUUGAAAAGGGGACUGGUUAGUUUAGGUUUUACUAUGGAAAGUUAGAAACCUUUCAGAUGCAUUUUAGACUUGUUCAACAUGAAACCUCAGCUCAGGGACAC